AUGCGAUUGCCAUUUUGGGCCGUUCUCGCCGGCGCACCGGCGCUCCUUCCCUCCGUCACAGCCGGACCCAGCACCGGGGGUCCGGCGGCAUCUUCACCGUCACCUUCACCGUCACCGUCACCGGAGUCAAGUGCAAGCAUCAUCAUCGCCAAGCUGCCACCAUGCGCGAUCCCUUGCAUUGCCUCGGCUGUUGCCAAUUCAACCUGCUCUCCCGACGACAUCCCAUGUCUUUGCGCCGACAAGACCGCGAAUGAAGAAGGAACCAUCUGUGUCGAGGCUCGCUGCUCAUUCUCCGAUGGUCUAUCCACGAAAAAUGCCACGCAGACAGCAUGCCAGGCACCCAUCCGAGACCGAUCCGCAGAAUUCAACAACACCGUCAUCGCGCUCGGCGUCAUCACCAUCGUCAUCACCGUAACACGCCUCGUGUUCAAGCAAUUCUUCCACCCGACCAAGACAUUCAGCGCAGACGACUGGGCCAUCCUCGGCACCCUGGUCAUCUGCAUCGCCGGCCUGGUCAUUAUCCUCCGCGGCAUGACCGCCAACGGCCUCGGCAGGGACGUCUGGACCGUAACGCCGGCCCAAAUCUCCCGCUUUGUGCUGUAUUUCUACGUCAUGGAGAUUCUGUACCUGGCCGGCAUCUCGCUCGUUAAGCUGAGCAUCUCGCUCUUCUACCUGCGCCUCUUUACCGCGGCCGUGAGGCCGGCCGUGCUGCGGGCCACGGUGGCCUUUAACCUCCUGUACGGCCUGAUCUUUGUCACGGGCGCCAUUUUCCAGUGCAUCCCCGUCGACUUCUACUGGGACCAGUUCUUCGACCCCGCGGAGGGCGUAUGCAUCAAUAUUAAUCUGUAUGGGUGGCUGAAUGCGGCCAUCGGCCUGGCUAUUGAUCUGUGGAUGAUUGCCCUGCCCAUGAGCCAAGUGCUUCCCCUGAGGCUGCAUUGGAAGAAGAAGGUCGGCGUGGCUAUCAUGUUUCUCCUUGGAACCUUCGUCACAGUCGUGUCCGCGUUGCGGCUGCAGUCGUUGAUUCACUUUGCCAAGUCGGAUAAUCCGACGUGGGACCAGUGGACGACAGCGUAUUGGUCCAUCAUUGAAAUAAACGUCGGCAUGAUAUGUAGCUGUCUGCCUACGCUGCGGCUCAUCUUGGUUCGGCUCGCUCCAGAGACUUUUGGCUCGGCAAAUAGGACGCCGCACCUCCGGGAGUUGAGGAGCACCAGCCGGACUAAGGCUUCACGUACCAAGGAAGAGACGGACUUGCAGCAGAGAUACGUUGUGGACCUGGAAGGGGGUUGA